AUGCAAGGUAAGCUCGUGGCCUUACUGGGUCUGGCCAUAUUCGGCAUCGCUGUGAUUGGAACGUUGACCUCAGACAUGAUCCUCAUAGAUGAUCAUUUUAUGAGCGAAAGCGUCGUCAAAACAAGUCCCACAGACUCUCUUCGAAUACUUCUUGUCGGAGAUACAGGAGGAUUACCUGUCUACCCGUUUUACUCUUACGCUCAGAAGAAGGUCGCAAAGGCUAUGGAUAAUUUGGCAGCCCUGAAGAAAGUGCAGUACGUGAUCAACGUCGGCGACAACAUUUAUUACACCGGUGUUUCGGACGAGCACGACUCACGUUUUCGCACUUCCUUCGAGGAUAUCUACAACACCGACGCCCUAGAUGUGCCAUGGUAUCUGAUUGCGGGAAAUCACGAUCACUUUGGAAACGUCUCAGCUCAAGUCGCUUACUCGAAAUACAGCAAGAAAUGGAAUUUCCCCAAACUGUACUACAAUCUAACAUUUCAACUGAACGGCACUUCUAUGGAUGUUGUGAUGUUAGACACUAUCGUGCUUUGCGGGAACACUGCGGACAUCGAGAAUGGUGGAUUCUUCGACAUGUUGUGGAAUCGGUCACAUGAUCCUCAGGGUCCCAGCGAUACUAAGAAGGCAGAGGAACAGUGGCAGUGGAUCGAACAGAUGCUGAGUUCAAGCAGAGCUGACUACCUUUUCGUAGCUGGUCACUAUCCAAUCCAUUCCAUAGCGUCACAUGGACCUACACAGUGCUUAGUGGACCGACUAGAUCCGUUGCUGAGAACCUACAAUGUGUCUGCUUACUUCGCUGGACAUGACCACACGCUGCAGCACAUCGUCUAUCCCAACGACUAUGGCCACCUCACCCACUACGUGGUCUCCGGUGCGGCGUCACGUUCUGACCGCUCGAAAAAACAUAUGGAUACUGUUGCAAAGGAGAACCUCAAAUUUCACUACCCGACUUCAUGGAAUCCUUUCUCGCAGUUGGGAUUCUCUAAUGGUGCUUUUAUUUAUAUGGAAAUAACAAAAGACAACACAGUGAUGUCGUUCCUGAACGGAAAAGGCCAAGAGAAAUAUCGCAUGAGCCUUGAUCCCAGAUCAAAAUCUACUCAUUAG